AAAAGGGAACUAUUAAAAAAUGCUUUCGCGCUUCAUAGAUAGCGCGCUGUUGGUUGUUAAUAAACAAAUUAAAAUGGUAGAAUAUGUGUGUUCAAACAAACUGAAAACAACCGCACUACUACACCAAACCAAGUCGGCAACCACCGUAGUCAGCUAGACAAAAAAGAAAAAUAAUGCUGUAGCAGAUGAACUAUUGUCAUCAGAGGUGAUGGACUUUCCAGAGUUAAUGUCAAAAACCAGGAAUCUGGUUUUAGAUGUAAAAAAAGGACACGUUGCAGACACCAUCUUUGUAGAGGAAAACAGUAGAAAGCAAAAAUCAAAAAAGAACUGCUGUAGAAGGGUUAACAAAACAAAGAAGAAAAAAGUUUCACUUAAAAGAUCUAAAAGUACGCAAGACUCUUCCAGCGAAUCAAUUUACAUUGAAACUAGUGACAAUUUAAACAAGUACCUUCCACGCAAUAAAACGCCUUCGCUAGACGAAAUUAAACCAGAUACAAUGCGUAGCAUAACUUUAGAUGCAGAUGUUCUUCGUUGGGAAAAUAAAUGCGACAAUGAUGUGGACGAAAUGCGCAGGAUAGAAGUGUAUAAAGUUAACAGAAGAUUAAGAUAUGCCAAUGCAAAUAACACAAGAGUUGCGUUAUUGGCUAUCAAAGACAGGAAGUGAACGAUGUCUCACACUUGAUAGAAUAUAUAUCAUGCUUCUUUAGAUUUUAUCUUUUUGUAUAUAUAUGUACAUUGAAUCCAAAAGUAUUUUUUUAAGAA